AUGGAGACUUUAGGCAGCAGUGAAGUCAGCGAAGAGAUAAAAAGUAUCCCUGAGAUCAAACAGACUAAGAAAAGCUCUAUUCCAGUCCGUCAGACAAAGAAAUCUUUGGCAUCUAAGAAAUCUGUCAACCUUGAGUUGCAAAGACUUCAGUCUGCACCAACUAUGGAGGAGAAGAAAGCUCUUGAGUCUAGCUUGAAGUUGAAGAGGAAGAAGAUGUCUAAGCAAAAGAUAAAGAAAAUAAGAUCUAACAAUGACGAUAAACCAGCUCAUAAUCUAUCAAAGAUCAGCCGAUGGCUGCAUAUCACCAUCUUCAUGUUCUUAGAUGAAAAGGAUAUCAUUAAAUGUGGGGGAGUCUGAAAGUCUCUCUUUGAUUCCCAAAAUGAUGAAUUCAUCUGGAAGCACAGACUCAUCAAUCUAAGAGGGAUCAACGACUUUAACAGCUUGUAUAAACAUUACUGUUUCACAAGUAAAAUGCACAAGGAGAGAUCUCAGAAAGGGAGAGAGUACAAACUCAAAUGUUUGAGACAGAUCAAUGCUGGGAAUCUCAUGAAGACUAAAUCACAGGUUCUUAAUAUCAAACUUACAGGACAUACAGGUAAAGUUACAACUGUAUCUGGUCUUGGAGAUUACCUUGCCAGUGGAGGAGAGGAUAAGAAGGUUAAACUAUGGAACGUCAAGAAGAAAUCCUGUAAAACUUUUGAGGAUCAUAAGAACUGGAUCACCCGCGUCAACCUUAUAGAUGACUACCUUGUUUCUGGUGGAGCAGAUGGGUUAGUCAAGGUUAGGCCGGUUGAAAAAUUUAUGGGAAAAGAGGGUUCUUAUAAGCAUCCUGGAUAUAUCAAAACAAUAACUCAGAUUGGAAAUUCAAGAUUUUUGUCUCACUGAUCGUCUGGAAGUAUCUUCGUGUACGACUUAUUUACACACAAAAAGUUCGAACUUGAUAUGGAAGAAGAGGAGGAGAAAAAGAGCGACUUUGGGUUCGAUUCUAUUUCUCAUAAUGACAACAUAUUCCUUGGAGCCAAUGGUAGCACUAGUGAGUGCGUUCUCAGAGAUAUGAACAAUGAUUUCAAACCUUUUGCAAACUUCAAGAUAUACGAAGAUGAGGAUGAUCGGCCUCCCGUUAGUAGAAAGGAUGAAAUAGCAACCAAGAUAGUUUGAAAAAUGAUAAGUGACAAUCUUAUUUGUGCAAGCGAUUAUAGAGCAAUUAGAAUCUUUGACAUCAGACAACCCCUUGAGUCACCUGUCGAGGAGUUCAAGUGUCCAGAGCAUUUUAGUGUCAAAAUUAAGAAGAGCUGGGCUAAAGAUUGGACCAUUUUCAGCCCAAAUAAAUUCAAAUAUUGUGAAAGUAAAGGUAUCUUGGUUGCGCAAUUUGAUGGCUUGAAGGGUAUUGCUACCUUCGAUCUCAGGUCUAACAAGCCUUUGGAUAUAUACACAGGACAUGAGAUGAGGUACGGGGCUUUUGACCUGGGUCAGAACUACCUUAGUAAUUUUGUCGUUACCUCAGGUAAAGACAAAUGUGAGCAAUCUGAAAUCAAGGUCUGGGAUAUUACGCAACCCUAUAAAUCUCACAGAAAGCAUUUUCGAUUCAAGCCUUGCUUGAAGGCGACAAUCAAAAAGUUGAAAUUUUGGAAUGACAACAUCAUUUGUGUUGAUAAGUCAUCAGACAUCUGAGUGAUGUCCUUUGGAGACUUCAAGAGUGAAAGAAAUCUGAUGAGGAGCAACAUGAUCAUCUCUGGAUAGCAAUAAUUUUAAACCUCCAAUCCU